GUCCAGUGGUCGUUUCCAUUUUUAACAGAAUGGGGUGCGCUAGCAGCUCUCCUAUUAUGGACAGCGGGAAAACUUUUGUGGACGGUGCGAAGGAAACGGUCUCGGACACCAUGUCGAAAGGGGGCAAAGUUCUCGAAGGUUUACCGUCAAUAAAAAUCAUACAUGUUGGGGAGUCAGCCAAGGAAGGACUAUCCCACGGGAUGGACACAGUUAAAGAAACAAUGCACAACGCAGUAAACACAGCAGAACAUGGCGUCGAUACUGUUAUUGGAAAAAUCGGAGAAACGUUCGCCUUUGCCUCUUCCACAGCUUCAGAAGUAAAAGAAGAUUUAGAAACGAAAAAAGACGAAUUAGUAACCAACGCUUCUGACACUGCAACUGAAGCGGUAUCCGAAGCAGAAACAGUAUUAGCGUCAGAAACGGAAAGUGCGAAAGAUGCAUUUACUUCAAAAAUGUCGCCGGCAUUUGAAACUAUGAAAUCUGUAGGAGAAGAUAUAAGUGAGAAAGCUGCAGAAAUUCACGAAAAUGGAAUAGAAUUAAUCGACGACCUCGAAGAAAGUAUGGACGAUAUGUUAGGUGAUAACGUAAGCAAACUCGAGAAGAAAAUGGAAGAAAUCAUGAAAACCUCUCCUGCUGAUUCUCCCGUUAAGGAAGUGGUAAAGGAGGAGUAAGUGGUCAGAUACCACCCCCUACUUUUUGGGAAGCAGCGGCUGACGCAAUCAUCCUCCAAAAGACAAUAAAAUCAAUGGGUUUUCGAGAUAUGGGUGCGGAUAAUAGAAAUUUUAACCAACCUGAUAUAUACGAUACUAAUGAUUUUAUUAAAGAAUCUAGAAAAGAAGUCGUUACGGAUUAAUUUAUUACUGUUUACUAUAAAAUAUAUACACUGCGCGCCAAAAUUAACGCAUAAUUGUAAAAUUUUAAUUUCAGUCAAAAUGAAAAAAAAAUUGUUUGUUCUUUUGUACUUUAAGGUUGCUUUUAGAACAUCUGAUAUAAAAAAUAUUUCUUUCUUACGAAAAACGUAUUGAAUUUAACAAUCUAACAUCAUAAAUCUAAAUAUCUAAACAAACAUCUAAUCUAAACAAACUAACAUUAUAAAUAAAUGACGGAAUUGAAAUUUUUCAAGUUCAAGAAAAUUAAACUAGUACCGAGUAUUGCCUCUUCUGUCAUAUAUAACUGCUUGACAACGAUCUCUUAUACUGAGAAUUACCGUUAUUAUUUCUUCUUGAUAAAUUUGAUCCCAAAUUUCAACUAAUCGCCAAAACAGUUGAUCUAAUGUAUUUGGUGCAUUAUCGUAGUUAUCUCCCUACGAUGCCCAAAGAUGUUCUAUUGGGUUGAGGUCAGAACUUCUUUUAGGCCAAUCCAUGGUAGGAAUCCCAACCUCCUGACGAUAUUGCUGCACAAUUCUUGCCAUGUGUGCCCUGACAUUAUCUUGCAUAAGCAUGCAAUUUUCCCCAAUAAAUGGUGCAAGUAACACGACAUGAUCUUCUAAAAUGUCUGUAAUAUACAUGUGUGAUCUAAGCCACCCGCGAUAUGUUCUAAAUCCAUACGAACCUCCAAAUUAAUCUUACCCCACACAAUUACCACAGUAUAAAGAGGGACAGUAGAACCACUCUCUGAAAAAUUAGAAGUAAAAUCUUAAGUCGCGCAUGGCGACCGCGCAAUGUUGGCAGUCGCUUUUGCCCCACUCUAGCAUUGCUAGUCGCAUAGAAACGUAUGGGUUUUAACAGGGAAACCCC